AUGCCGAAGCUAACCAUGCUUCCGAAAACCACACGGAUUGUGGCCUUGUGUUCAGUUGCUAAUUUUAUAAAUGCAGCAGAUAGGGUCAUAAUGCCAAUUGCUAUUGUUCCAAUGACCGAUGAAUUCAAAUGGAAUCUUCAUUGGCAAGGCUGGAUCCUGUCUGCAUUUGCCUUUGGAUACUUUACAAGUCAGAUUAUUGGUGCUAGUACAGCAAAUAGAUUUGGCUGUAAAACGGUAUUAAUGUCAGCUGUGUUACUGUGGUCAAUUAAUACAGUAAUCACACCACUUUUGGCACAAUCUAUCCCUUUACUUAUAAUCUGUAGAGUAAUUCUUGGACUUGGCGAAGGUUUAGGUCUUCCUGUAAUAUUUCACUUAUUUGCUCAUAAUGUUCCUGUAGAGGAGAGGUCACGGGCUUUUGGAUACCUUGUUGCUGCUGGAUCAGUGGGACAAGUUGUAGCAUCUGUUUUAUGCCCACAUUUAUCAUGGCAAACUGGAUUUUACCUAUUUGGAACACUGGGCAUUGUGUGGACUUUGCUGUGGUUGAUUAUGUAUCAAGAAUCAAAUUCACAAGAUGAAAUUCCUUUAUUCUUGCCAAAGGUGGUGCAAAAUCGAAGCCUAGUUUGGACGGAAUUUGUGACCUAUUGGCCACUCUGGGCCCUUUACAUUGCACAUUUCGCUAUGAAUUGGAGCAAUUAUAUCAUUAUGCAGUGGUUGCCUACUUAUUUAGCCAGAAACUUAUCUGCUAAUAAGGAGAGCAUUAGUUUAACGGCAGUACCGUACAUCGUUAAUUCUCUCGUUGGUAUCACUGCCGGUCAUAGCGCAGACAAUUUAAUACAAAAAAGAUGGUCAGUUUUAUCUGUAAGAAGAUUAAUGACGAAUAUCGGUCUCAUUGGACCUGGAGUAUUCUUAUUGGCCUUCUGUGCUGUUGAUAAUUUACUUUCUGCAGUAGUAUUUGUUUCGAUAUCAAUGGGUCUUUGCGCAUGUAAUUCGGCCGGUCACCUGAGUAAUCAUGCUGAUGUAGCGCCUAAUCAUGCAGGAAUAACAUUUGCUAUAUCUAAUACGAUAGCUACCAUCCCUGGUAUCUUAUGCGGUCCACUUACUGCUGAAUUAGUCACAGCAUCGCAUGGUCGGUGGAUGCCAGUUUUUGUGUUGGCAGCAGCAAUUAAUUUCACCGGCGCUAUUAUUUAUCAAACUCAUAGUUCAGCUGUGCCCAUAUUGUGAUAAGUAUUCUGAGAGUAUGUUUCAGAGGUUUAUAUUACGAAGAUUAUACAAAUUAUCUAUUUCAUACGAUAUACCAACAAAAAGACUUUAUCUUCGUCCAUGUAUUUAAUAUUUUUGAAUAUUUUUUCAAUUUGUAAGCAAUGAUGACUUGAACAAACAAUACUAUUGUUUAUUAACGAUACUAAAAAUCAUUACAAAGCAUUUUUAUAAUUGGAUAAUGCAAUGUUGAACUUCAAUUACCAAGAAAUUAUUUACGUUAGUCUCAUCCUCAGCAAUGAAGUGUGAUAAAUUCAAAAGUUUUUCUAUUCCAUGGUUGGGUCUAUAUAAAAAAAAUGUCUUUUCAUAGCUCUAAUUCUUCCAAAAUACAAACCUGACAUUUAAUUUGAAUUUAUUGGACGAUGUGUAUAUUGUGUAUAAAACAUUGUACAUAACAAUUUUAAUUUUCAUACGUUACAUCUCAGAUUU